GUCCCUCUGCAUUAUGGAGAAUAUCACUGUCAACAUAGAUAUUUUAAAGUUGGAGGGGUUAAAGGUCACCCCCCAGUCUUCCAUCCCAGCCUUCAUCCUCCUCCUCCUCAUCUACGUCUUCAUCAUGGUGUCCAACGUCGGCCUGGUGGUGCUGACCUCCAUGGAGCGCAGCCUCCACCAGCCCAUGUACCUGCUCUUCUGCAACAUGAGUAUUAACGAUGUGUUCGGGGCCACAGUCAUCAUCCCUCGCUUGCUGAGUGAUGUUUUUAUACCAAUUACAGACCGGUACAUCAAUUAUAUCGACUGUGUAGUUCAGGCUUUUUGUGCUCACGUUUAUGCAGGCACAACACACACAGUGCUUAUGAUCAUGGCCUUCGACCGGUACGUGGCCAUCUGCAACCCCAUGCGUUACGCCACCAUCAUGACCAACCGGAUGGUGGUGAACUUGUCGCUGUCGGCCUGGGGGGUGGCUUUUCUCCAGGUGGUGAUCCUUAUUGGCCUUAGUGUCCGUCUGUCGCGCUGUAGGUGGAUUGUAUUCAAUCCAUUCUGUGACAACGCCUCCUUGUUCAAACUCUCCUGUGAAAGUGUCAUCAUCAAUAACAUCUACGGCCUCACCUACACAGUGAUCCUGUUGAGCUCCUCCCUCGGCAGCGUCACGCUCACCUACCUGAGGAUCGCCAUGGUUUGUUUGAGCAGCAGGAACAAUGUGCUCAACAGUCGGGCGCUGCAGACCUGUGCCACCCACCUGUCCCUCUACGUCAUCAUGUUUGUGUCAGGCGCCAUCAUCAUCUUCCUCCAUCGUUUCCCUGAUUUGUCGGACUACAGGAAGCUCGCGUCCAUCAUGUUCCACGUGGUUCCUCCAGCUUUGAACCCCAUCAUCUACGGACUGCAGAUCAAAAUAGUCAGACAGAAAAUCUUCAUCAUGUUUAGCAGGAAUGCAACGAUUAUGAGAGAAGUGAAGUGACUUGGUGCUGAUUCUGAUUUUUUUUUAUC